UCUGUUCAUAUAAGCAAAAGAAAAAAGUUUUGUAUGUAACGGCCCCCCUCCCUUCUUUGUUUAGUCAGGUUUACCUCCGUCCUGGACCUAGAUAGCAUUUUAACAGCUUUCUUUUAUACCCUUUUUUCUUUUUCAAUUCAUAGACAUCUUUCUUUCUCUGCCAUUCGAUCAUAGAAAAAUUAAGUCAGUGUACUAGUUGUAAUAAUUAAUAAGAAAAAAAAGAAGAAGAAAAAUGCCAGAACAGAUGUUUCCCAUUUGGGCAAUUGUACUUAUUGCUCUUCUUGCCAGUGUUUUCAUCACAACACUUUUCCUCUAUAUCAAAAUGCGAAAAAGAAGCAAAACCUCUGUUCAUUUUGAUGAUGAAGAAAUGAAUAAUGAAAAAGAGACAUUGUCUAGAGUAGAGUCCCUUCAAACAUUGGUCACACAAAAGCACAAAUCAUCUUUAACAAUUCAAAAACCCUCUAUGGAUUUUUCAGCAGUACUACCACCUAUGCCACCAUUAACUAAGACAUUGACCCAAUAUAACAAUGACAGUAUAAUUGACAAUGAAUCAUUGGCAAAGGAGCUUGAUACUUCCUUACUCGCGCCUUCUCAAUCAAACUUGAACUUUUCUGACAAAAUAGAGCUCAAUGAACUAUAUGACAGUACAAGACAACAGGAAGAAUUUAUCAGUAUUGAUCUUGAUGCACCCAUAUCACCUGUGCCAAAAUCACAUUCGCCAAAAGUAUUUGAUAAGGUUUUUGAGCAUCAAGUAUCACUCUCUAAAGCACAAAAUGUAUCAUCGUCAUCGGCCAAGACAAUAGCAGAUAAACCAGAAAUCAAGGAAAAGACAGAUCAAUUAGCUCAAGACUCUCCUGUUCCUCUUAAGUCUCUUGAACCUGUUUCUAAAGUUGUUAUUCGUUCGACUUCUUCUAGAAAAAAUCGGUCAUUCAUUACACUGAACGACAAUGAAAAGCGCAAAUCGAAAUUUGGUUCAGUUCGUUUCAAUAGUGUCCGUGCACCCAAGAGCAGCGAACAUCUCACUAUCACAUCAGGAUCCAUGAGACGUCUUGUCAGAGAAAGUAUCCUAGUGGAAGAUGAUCAUGCUUUGCCUUUACCUUCAGCAGCUACCAUUGCAUCCAAUACAAACGCGUCUAGAAAGCCUAUGACAAAUACCAGUGUACUUGAAAUUGCUGGUUGGUGGGAUACUCCUAAGAGCUCUAGUACAAGUUUUCAAGUUGAAAAACAACCCCUGAAAACUAUCAUAUCUGGUGGAGAUAGUACAUCAAGUAGUAGUACACCUCCUCAAUAUCGCGCUUCCCUUUCAACUUCUGUUUUUAGUCAUGGUACAUUAUCCAAGUCAUCUAUGUUAGAAGCGGCUUCUGCUAUGUCUCGGCAUAGCUCCUUUAAAAAGACAAGCGCGGGUACACUUGGCAGAAACACGUUAAGAAAUAUUGCAGCACAAAAUGUUAAUCGCUCAUUAAAAUCAUUAUUUGAUGCUGCUUCAAACACAGUAGUUCCUGACGACAGUCUAAAAAUGGAAAUCGAUGAUGAUUCUUAUGUAGACAGCAGUAACGACAGUAUUGUAUCCAGCACUCAACAAGCUCAUUCUCGCAUUCAAAGAAAAGACACUUAUUCAUCGAAACGCUCCUACCUUCAUCAAGAAACACAGUUAGUUUCUUCAGAAUCAUCUACAAAGUAUGCAUUAUCAGACGAAGAAAGUGAAGUCAUGUCAAAUGAAUUGUUGAAUGAUCAUCUACAGCAUAUAGAUGCUACUGUUCAAGAAGCUGCCUCAGACACAGUUAUUUCUACUGGCAAAGUGAAUGUGGUUCGACGUAUGUUACAAGAAACUUGGAAUAACAAUAUCAAGGAUAGCGGGUCUACCUAUAGCAUGUUAUCAGAAAUUGAGCUAUCAUCACCCUUACCGUUGAAUACAAAGCUACCAUCUCGACUAGCACAGUAUUCCUCUCAACAUCCUCAAGUUCCUUUAGAGGAUAGUGUUGCUAUAAGCGGUCCUAAACCAUCUGCUUCUUUCUCUUCUUCUACUGUACGCACAGUUAUACCUGCUGUAGACACAUCAGAUCUUGCUAAUACACGUCAAAAUGCCAUUACGAUUAAACAUGGAAGCAACAAAAUUCAACAAGACCAUGAUUCGUUUCGAUUCUCAUCAACAUCUUCUGCCGUUAUGAAUGAUAGCAAUAUCUUAUUCUCUUCACCACGCCACAGUAGUAUCGGGAGUAGUACUCGAAAUCAUAGCCGAAAGAGCAGUGGGGGCAACAGUGCAGCAACAGCAUUGCGCCUUAGUAAUGGUCAUACGAAUAAGACAUGGAAUGGAAGAGCCAAUAAGGCUACAAGACCCUCUGUGGUACAACAGUUUGGCAACAACCAAGUCGAUGAGCGAGCCUUUUUCAGUACUAUGCGAAAGGGUCAAAAGACAAGAGCGCAUAUUCCUUGGUCUACAUUAGAACAAGAAAAGACACCAGCUCAAAUUGAACGUGAUAAAUAUUUACAAGCAAGACAAUAA